AUGAUGCCUUUAUACAUCCCAGAGUCAAGCUCAGGAGAGUCCAGUCGUGUUGAAGACGGAGGAGACGCCGCUCCAGCGCCCAAAAGAGGAAGGCGUCCCGUGGAAACACCGGCAAUGGGAUCUGUCAGUAAUCGUCGGCGCAUGCAAAACCGAAUGGCUCAGCGUGCAUAUCGGCAACGGAAGGAGUCAGCUAUCGACGUCCUCAAGAAGAAAGUCGAAGAGCUGGAAAAGGUCAAAGAAGAUAUAGGGAAUGAAUUUCUCAGCUUCACGUCAGUCAUACUCGAAAAGGAGGGUGUAGGAAACUGCCCUGAUAUCGUUGAGCACAUCAAAAAGUCUACCAUCAACAUUCUCACCAGUACUCGAGAGGUUGAUGAGACCAGCGAAACAGAGGACCACGAUAUGGAUCCAGUUCCGUCCACGAGUGAGGCACCAGCAGGACCCUCAACAGCCUAUACCUUGACUGCCGAUCAAGUCAAUUCCCUUGGCUUCCCGAUGGUCGACUACGUACCGGAACUUGAGUUUGACAAUAUGUUCGACCAAAAUAUUGAUGCACAGCCGACUACACAGUACCAUGAUUACAACCUCUCGACUCCAUCUAUGCAUGACAAGGGUUCUUACUUCCAACCUUCAAUCUACCAGACGCCAGGUUACAACAUCUCCCCACUUCCCGGAGCCACCUACGACACAUCGCUGUCUUGUCCUCGAUCAUAUAGUUCACACGAAGCAACCUUUGGAAGACGUUACCACAGAGCAACUCAGGAAGCCGCCUUUCUUCUAGCAUCUAUGAAACACUCGCCACCUACAUGGUACCAAAAAGUAUUCGGGUUUUGCUUGCACUUUGAGACACGGGAUGAGAUCACUCAGCGAAUAGGUGAUUGUUUGCGGAAAUCUCGCGAGGCAACAUUAAACAACUGGAAGUUCCCUUUUACGAACGUUGGCGGCGCAGGGCUUUUCUAUCCCAACCAAGGCUACGACGGCAGCGAGUUGCCUAUUGGAAACCGAUCACUAUCAAACGAGACCUUCAGGCCAUCAGAAUUGUCAGGUUUCUCCAUGGGUCCAUUUGGGCCAACUAUCGAACAAGUUCGAGACCUUCGUCUCAGUCCGCAAUUACGCAUCAUUGAUCCUAAUUACGACGGCGAUUUCUUUGAUGCAGACGAGAUCGAAAUUUCCUUGAGAGGUUAUGGUGUUACGAUACCUGCCAGCAAAGACUAUGUGACAGCUUACAUUGACAUGGCCAUGUUCGAACGGGCAGAAGCCCGAGAGGCCCGAGAGACGAGCGGGUCAGAAUCUGAAGAUCCAGUCACACCGCCUGAUGUUUCAACAGACACGGGGAACCAUUUCGAAGAUGCUUCAGUUUCAUGUGAUAAUGAAGCUGCACCUUUGCACUGCCCUGUUGGUUUGAUGGGCAUGGCCACAGGAGAGAUGCCUCCGUAUCCGAAAUCACAGCCGCAGGAGCAAUGGAAGACACCUAUAAGGAGGGAAACGAGGGUGAAGGUUGACGUAGAAAGAUUGAUCAUGUGUUUAACCAAUUUUACAGUUUGCUUAGGUCGGACUCCUGCUGUUCGUCCGAAAGAUAUAAGGAUGGCAUUGAAAAUGUCUCUGAUUGAUGAAGAUUGA